AUGCUCUCCCUUCCCCUCAUAACACCCCGCGAUUCACACGAACUCUGGUUCGGUUCGUCUCAGCCCUAUCGCUCCUCCACGUCCGCGACAUCAUCCAACCACCCCCACCAUCACCACCCCCUGGGAGACCCGCACGGUUCCAACCGCCGCAAUGGCAGCAACCAAUCCACUUCCAGCCGCGGUGCCUCCACCUCCUCAGGAGACAUCCUCUCAUCCCUUCUCCUAGAGGAACGAGCCCUCCGCGCCCGCAAAAACAAUAUCGCCUCGUUCGGCUAUUCGUGGAUCAAGCCGGCCGGAUGCCCAAAGACGAUGCUAGGAAUGAAAGAGGAGGAAGCUGAACGGGAGGAGGCUCUGGCGGCUGCGGCUGCGGAGAUGGCGGCUGCGGCUGCGGCUGCCGAGGCGGGCAUGGAUGACUUUGGGGGCCAGACGCAGGAUACAAUGGACGGGGAGGGUAUGCAGGAUGAUACGGGAAUGGAGAGGGACUUGGAUGACGAUAUCCCUGAAGCUGAUGCGGACGGUCUGAUUGAGGAAGGAGAGGAAGAGUUGGAGGAGGAAAGUGUUGUGGAUGAGGAUGAGGAUGUUUUUAUGGAACGGGAUCUGGAUGACGACAUUCCCGAGGCCUUUUCCGGAUAUGAUGAUGAGGAGGAGGAAGAAGACUUGGACGAAGAGAAUGAGGAGUUUGAUGACCAACCAGACUUGGACGCUGAUAUACCUAGUGCGGCGGAGGAGGAUUAUGGUGAUGAGGAGGAUAUGAGUCAAAACGGUGCUAUGGGCCGCGAUCUGGACGAUGAUAUUCCCGAGGCCGAAGACAAUCACUACGCACAAGGAGCGGAGGAGGAAUGGCAACAUACGGACACUGAUGCCGAAUUUGAUGAUGAAGAGGACGUCAGUUUCGCCCAGGACCCAUUCACUCAGAACCUGAGAGCAAGUACCAGUAACCGUGGUGGCUUGCCUCCAGUGCCUAUGCGACGGGAACGCGAGACAGAGGCUCAGCGACGGUUUCUGCAGCGCUGGAGUGGUGGUGGAGAUGCGUUCGAUACUAGCAGCAUGCUAGUAGAUGAAGAAGAUCUACGAGCCUCGAUAGCUAGCCAGGCCAGCCGAAGGAGUGUCUUCAGCCGUUUUCCUCGUCGUCGUAUGGGUGGCCCUAGAGAUAGCCUCGAGUGA